AUGAACGCGGACGAGACUCUGGCAGGAGGAGCCACUGCAUGGAGCAGGUGUUGUACAUUGACUGCAGUGUGUGAGCUGUUGUUUUGUGUUCUCCUGAUGGCUGCUGUCACACUGUUGUGGAUCAAAUUCAACAACGUAAUUACUGAAAAUAACCAGUUACAGACCAGUUAUGACAACCUGACUAUAGAGCGAGACCAGUUACAGACCAGUUACAACACCCUGACUAAAGUGGGAGAACAGCUACAGGCCAGUUACAACAACCUGACUAUAGAAAGAGACCAGUUACAGACCAGUUACAACAAUCUGACUAAAGUGGGAGAACAGCUACAGGCCAGUAACAACAACCUGACUAUAGAAAGAGAUCAGUUACAGACCAGUUACAACAACCUGACUAAAGUCGGAGACCAGCUGCAGGCCAGUAACAAGAACUUGACUAUAGAGAGAGACCAGUUACAGAAUAGGAACAAGAACCUGACUGUAAAGAUAGACCAGUUACAGACCAGUUAUGGGAACCUGACUAUAGAGAGAGACCAGUUACAGAUAAGUUACGACAACCUGACUAAAGUGGGAGACCAGCUACAGGCCAGUAACAAGAACUUGACUAUAGAGAGAGACCAGUUACAGACCAGUUACCACAACCUGAUUAUAGAAAGAGACCAGUUACAGAGGGGGAGAAAUGGAUACCUGGGGAAAUUUUGUGAUUUGGAGAAGUGUUUUAUCUUUAGCAGUUUUUAUUUCAUGUCUAAUGAGUACAAGAACUGGACUGAGAGCAGAGAGGACUGUAUAAAGAGAGGAGCAGACCUGGUGAUCAUAAACAGCAGAGAGGAACAGGAGUUCAUCAGUAAACAAAAGGUGAAUAAAAAAGUUCAGGCUUGGAUUGGUCUGAGUGACAGAGAGACAGAGGGAGAGUGGAAAUGGGUGGACAAUACAACACUGAACAUUACGUUCUGGGCUUCAAGAGAACCGAAUAAUUCAGGUGGUGAUGAGGACUGUGCUGAGAUUUAUAGUGGUGACACUGGGAACUUCUGGAAUGACAAGAAAUGCUCUGAGAAAAUAAACUGGAUCUGUGAGAAACAUCUUUCAUAGUGAAGUUUAUUAUUUUACAGUAAAAAGGCAUUUUUAUAUAA